AUUUUGAAUUUGUUGCUGUACAAGAUAUUUUACACUCUAGAAUGGUAGAACUAGAAGAUUUGGAUGAUGUCACUCAUAAUGGAGCUGAUCCUUUAACAGAUGAGGAAAUGGUUCAAAUAUUUGAUCACCCACAAAUGUCAUCAAACACACCAGAAGGUCUAUUAAAUUGUGUAUUCCUUUGGAUUGGUUGUUGCACAGCUAAGCGAGGUGGAUCAUACAUUGAUCUUAAAAUAAGUCAUUUCAAGGAAAGAAAUGAUGGUGGUUUCAAUGUAAUUACAAUUCAUGAUAAAACUCAUAAAGGUGGUUAUUAUCAUCAAACAAACUAUAAUAAACAUCCAACUCAUAUAAUCCCACCAGAUGAACCAGGAUCACCAGCUGCUUGUCAUGAUAUCAAAAAGUACAUUUCACUACACCCAUCAAAUGCUGAGGAAAACUUUUUCUUGAGAAUCAACAAAGAUUAUGAAGAAUUAAAUGAUGGUAAAUGGUAUUUACCACAACAUCUUGGAAGAGAUAAAUUAAAUAAUAUGUUAAAGCAAAUAUGUGAAAUCACAGGCAUAGACUGUGAAAGCAGAAGGAUAGUAAAUCACUCUUUAAGAAAAAGUACUGCACAAAAACUAAGUGAUGAAGGUGUUGAUACACAGUCAAUUAUGAACAUCACUCUACAUAGGUCUCUAGCAAGCUUAGAUUGUUAUCAUUCAGAAAAUGAAAAACAAAAAUUAGAAACUGCUAAAUUAACAUUACCUGGUACCACUAAAAAUAAUAACUGUGUUGUUGAUAUUAUUAAUG